AUGGACCGGCCAGUACCGCAACCCCACACGCACCCACCGACUCCCUCACCCAACCUCACUGCACUCCCCUCACCUCCCCAUCCCCAUCCUCCUCCGUUCACCGCACCGCUCGCAUCGACAUCGCACGCCGCCCAGUCCUUCUUCUCACCUCCCCCGACUCCAUCCAGACCGCGCCUCAAACGCUCACACCCGACAACGCACUCGGCUCUCCCCUCUGGACCUACCCCCGCUCCUCAGCCUGUCCCGACGAGCCCGACAGGAGGCGCAUCUCCCCUCUCGCAUGCACGGACGAGGUCCACUAGCUCGAAUGCGAGCUUGAGCACGCUCGAGCCGAUAAAGGAGUGGCCUGGCGCGGAGGGAGACGGGACGAGCAGCCUCGGGCUCAACUUGGGGGUGCAGACGAAGAGUUGGGUAGACGAUGACGGGACGCUGGAGAGGGCGCCCAAGCGCGUGCGGAUAGCGCCGGACCACGAGGCGUUCGGGAGACUGUCGCUGUCGACGGCGGCAGGCGUACCCGCUUCUCCCACGACGUUGACGUACUCGCCCCUCUCGACCGUUCCCUCGACGCUUCCAACGCCUUUCACGAACGGCAGAGCACCACCACCUACGCCCCUUCUGCUAAACACCUCCCAUCUCCCACCCUCGACUCUCGCGCCCGUCUCGUUCCCUCCAGCGGGUCCAUCCUCUUCCACCUCCUCGUCCUUCCACCCACCACCACACGCACCAUGCUCAUCACCACCCAUCUCAGCGCCCUCGCUCCCCGCCGCUCCGCCAACGUCACCCGUCCAAUCUACCUCCGCAGCCUCGGGCCUGCGUUCUCCCUCCCUCCCAAGCGGGAGCGGCGGAACAAGUCUCCCCACGGUCCCCUGGUCCCAAUCCUCCUUCAUCUCUCCUCCCCUUCCUUCUCCCACCUCGCUCGAAACCGAACAAGCAGGCCAAGCGGAAGAAAUCGACAUGCGCCCCGCCUCUUCCUCCUGGCCCAUCGGCCCACACACAAUCUACGUCUCCUCACUCGACUCAGACUCGGACACUGAAGCGCCUACACCCGUCAACAAGGAAGUCGAGGUGAACCCGCUUGCGUUGAGGGGAGGAAAGGACGAUCCGGCUUCGAGGUUGUUGUUGAGCAAGUUACACGAGGCGGCUCACUCGUCCUCCUCUGCGGGGGAGCUGAUCCUCUACCGCCCACCACCGUUUUUCGCGCCUCCGCCGCCGUCGUCCUCGCCCGAACCCGAGGGAGAGUCAGCGAAAGACCGGAUCCUGCGCGAGCGAAGGCAGAAGCGGACGUCGGACGAGUGGGGGGAGUUUGUGAGGAUGAGGGAGAGGGAGGAGGCGAUGCAUGAUCUCGGGGACGAGGACGAGACGGUUGGGGUGGAGGAGGACGGGAUGGAGAUGGACUGA